CGUCGGUCCAUUUUGGCAGGCGUUGCAGGUACUGGCUCAUCGAAUGCUCGUCCGCAGCCCACUUGCGCGUAUUUCGACUGGUCUAUUGGAGUCGGUGGCAAAUCCUCCUCACGUUCCUGUUCUUGUUAAUGAAGUAGUCAAGUACCUCGGACCACGUCGUGGACAGAGAUUUGUAGACUUCACCUUCGGUGCAGGGGGCCACACUCGAGCUCUCCUAUCUGCAUGCCCCGAAAUUACCGUCUUCUGUCUUGACCGCGAUCCUCUCGCAGUGCGCUAUGCUCAAGAACUCUCCGCAUUAACCAGUGGACGGGUGGUGCCAAUACAGGGUCGUUUCAGUCAGGCUCUUGGCCUUCUCAGUAGGAUGGGUUGUCCGCUCGGCACCGUGGACGGCGUGAUGAUGGAUGUCGGCCCCAGUUCUAUGCAAAUGGAUUCCCCCACCCGCGGCUUCGGGAUAAGUAGGAACGCACCUCUUGACAUGCGCAUGACCACCUCAAGUACAUUUGAAAGUGAAAAGGUGGAAGGUGGGGUGCCGGUAGAGGAUCCGUCAGCGGCAGACGUGUUGAAUGGGCUGAGUGUUUCACACCUGGCGCGUAUCUUCAGAGUCUACGGUGAGGAGAGGUUCGCCCGACGCAUUGCCAACGCUGUAGUGGAGUACCGUGGCACCCUAGGACCCAUCCGAACCACCACGCAACUUGCCGAUCUUGUCGCCUCCGUCGUCACUCCUCUUGAGCACAGGUCUCUCUCUCUCUCU